AUGUGGAUUACAUUGCGUUGCGAUGAUGGGGAUGGGUGGCAAAUGCGGGGAGUGUAUGAGCAGAGGAUGAGUUGUUGGUGUGGUAAGGGAUGCGUAUUGAGGAUGGGUAGAUGGCCUAUUGGGCGGUGCAGCUGGGUUGAACUAUCACAUAAAAAUGUGGGAUGGUGCGUUAAAGGGUGCGUAGCUGUUGUUACCGUGUUAAAGUACUUUGUUCGCUGUUAA